CUACAGACUGUCACUAUGAUAGCUGCUGCCUUCCUGGUGUUCCUCAGACCGUACAGCAUCCAAUGUGCCCUCCUCCUGCUGCUCCUCAUGUUGGGGACCAUAGCCACCAUCUCCUUCAUUCUCUGCUGGCAUCGCAAGCUCCAGAAAGAAAAAUAUCCCAUCAAGACAGUGUUUGGUGGUCGAGCCAGGAGCAGAGAUUCCAUCCUGAGGUCUCAUCACUUUCGCUCAGAGGGAUUUAGACCAAGCCCCCGGCAUCUCAGGAGAUAUGCUCGUGCCCGGGUUGAAGAAGUCAAGCCUCUCGCUGAUAUAAAGCAGAGUGACCAGGAAACUUCGUCACCGCUUAGAAAAAGAAAAAUUAGGAGAAGCAGCCGAGUCCAGCCCGAAUUUUAUCAGACUGUCCAAGUCACACCAACUAGAAAGCCGAGCUCGGGCACAGCUUCCUACAGAUGCUCCAUGUCUUCUUCUGCUGAUUUCUCGGAUGAUGAGGACUAUAGUCAGAAGUCUGGAUCUGCAUCCCCAGCACCUGGAGACACCCUGCCCUGGAACCUACCUAGACAUGAGAGGUGUAAGAGGAAGGGCUCAGGGCCAGCUGUCCUGGACCCAGCAGAGAGGGCAGUCCUCAGGAUAGCAGAUGAAAGAGACAAAGUGCAGAAGAAGACAUUUACAAAAUGGAUAAACCAGCACUUACUGAAGGUACGAAAACAUGUCGGUGACCUAUAUGAAGAUUUACGAGAUGGGCAUAACUUAAUCUCCCUCCUAGAAGUACUGUCCGGAGACACCCUGCCAAGGGAACGAGAUUUUUUGAAGACCUUACGGUUGGUGAGUUCAUCGGAAGCAUGCGAGUAUGAUCAGCAUGAGGAUUUGGAGGAUGAGGAUAAGGGGCCACGUGAAAAAGGCAGAAUGCGCUUUCAUAGACUACAGAAUGUACAAAUUGCACUUGACUAUUUGAAAAAACGACAGGUGAAACUAGUAAACAUCAGAAAUGAUGACAUUACAGAUGGGAAUCCCAAAUUGACUUUGGGUUUAAUAUGGACCAUCAUACUGCACUUUCAGAUAUCUGACAUUCAUGUUACCGGAGAGUCAGAAGAUAUGUCUGCCAAAGAGAAGCUGCUUCUUUGGACACAGCGGACAACAGAUGGUUAUGGUGGAAUACGCUGUGAAAACUUCACCACGUGCUGGAGAGAUGGACGGUUAUUUAAUGCUAUCAUUCAUAGAUACAGGCCGGACCUUGUUGAUAUGGAGACUGUUGCUGUUCAAAGCAACAUUACAAAUUUAGAAAAUGCUUUUUAUGUAGCUGAAAGACUGGGUGUUACAAGGCUUUUAGAUCCUGAAGAUGUAGAUGUGUCUUCCCCAGAUGAGAAGUCGGUGAUAACAUAUGUUGCAUCAAUGUAUGAUGCAUUUCCCAAGACCCCGGAAGGUGGAGAAGGAAUUAAUGCUACUGAUGUUGAAGUGAAGUGGAUAGAAUACCAGAAUAUGGUGAACUACCUCACCCAGUGGAUCAGGCAUCACGUUGUGUUAAUGUCUGAAAGAAAUUUCCCAAAUAAUGCUGUAGAACUUAAGGCACUUUAUCAACAGUACUUACAAUUCAAAGAAAAUGAAAUUCCACCAAAGGAAACUGAAAAAUCAAAAAUUAAACACCUGUACACUUUGUUAGAGCCGUGGAUCGAGUUUGGUCGUAUCAAGCUCUGCCAAGGAUAUCAUCCAAAUGACAUUGAAAAAGAAUGGGGGAAGCUUAUUAUCGCCAUGUUUGAAAGAGAGAAAAGUAUAAGGCCAGAGAUUGAAAGACUAGAAAUGCUGCAGCAAAUUGGAAACAGAGUGCAGAGAGAUAGUCUGGGAUGUGAAGACAAACUGAUCCUUGCUCGAAAUGCUCUGCAGGCAGACAAACAACGGAUGGAAUCUGGGCUCCAGUUUCAAAAUGAAGCUGAGAUUGCUGGCUAUUUGAUUGAGUGCGAAAACCUUUUACGGCAACAGCUUGUAGAUGUGCAGUCACUCGUGGAAGGAAAGUACCAGCAAUCAGAUCACCUAGUACAGAGGGUGGCUAUACUGAGAGACGAGCUACUGUCUGUAAGAAAUGACUACUCUUCAGUGUACAGCACAGGACGGAUGAUGGCUUCUGACCAGGCAAAGCUUAUGAUAUCAGGAAUUUCACAAAGCCUCAACUCAGGAUUUUCACAUAGUCUGAACCCUGCAAUCAAUUCUGCAAUGAACUCUACUAUGGGCUCUGCUAUGAGCUCUGGAAUGGGGUCGGCUAUGGGAUCUGGAAUGGGCUCUGCUAUGGGCUCUGGAAUGGGCUCUGGAAUGGGCUCUGUUAUGGGCUCUGUUAUGGGCUCAGGUAUGGGCUCAGGUAUGGGCUCAGGUAUGAGCUCUGCUAUGGGCUCUGCAAUGAACUCUGGUGUAUCCCAUAACUUAGGACCUUCCAUGACAUCAUCAAGCCUGACAUCUGGUCUUUCUCAUGGUUUUAAUUCACAUAUGACUCCAACAUUUUCACAAAACUUUAAUCCAGGGUUAAUCCAGAACUAUGCAAGUGGCAUGAACGCAGAUGCUUUGCAGUCUUUAAAGCUUAUGCAGAUCAAGAAACCAAUGUUAAAAUCAGCUUUUGCUGACCAGAACCUACCAGAAGAAGAAGUCAAUUUGAAAUUUGUUCAAGACCUCCUGAGCUGGGUGGAAGAAAUGCAGGUGCAACUUGAUCGAGGAGAAUGGGGUUCAGACCUUUCUAGCAUUGAGAGUCAUAUAGAUAACCACAGACAUUUCCAUGCUGGCGUUGAGGAAUUUGAGAGCAGCGUCAAGGAGGCCAAAAUGAGCGAGCUCCAGAUUAGUGGAAAUCUUAAAAGUAGUUACUAUGACUGCAUGCAGAAACUUGAGAGCCAGUAUUCCAAACUUCUGAAUUCAUCAAGAAGCCGGCAAAAACACCUUGAUUCCCUUCACAACUUUGUAACCAGAGCCACCAGAGAGCUCAUAUGGCUCAAUGAAAAAGAAGAGGAGGAAGUCGCUUAUGACUGGAGUGAAAGAAACCAGAACAUCCAUAACAAGAAGGACUAUCAUGCAGACCUAAUGAGAGAACUAGACCACAAAGAAGAAGACAUCAAAUCUGUUCAAGACAUUGCUGAGCAAAUGCUGCUUCAAAAUCAUCCAGCAAGAUCAUCUAUUGAGGCUUACAAAGCUGCCAUGCAGACCCAAUGGAACUGGAUCUUACAGCUGUGUCACUGUGUAGAACAGCACAUACGCCAAAACACAGUCUACUUCGAGUAUUUCAACGAGGCGCGAGAAGCUAACGACUAUUUGAAAAGUUUAAAAGAUAUAGUGCUGAGGAAGUACAGCUGUGACAAGUCUACCAGCCUGCACAAACUUGAAGACUUGGUCCAGGAGUCUAUGGAGGAAAAGGAGCAGCUCUUACAGUACAAGAACACAGUCGCUAGUCUUGUUGGAAAAGCAAAGACUAUUGUUCAACUGAAACCACGGAACCCAGAUAACCCACUCAAAGGAUCAAUCCCCAUAAGGGCUUUAUGUGACUACAGGCAAAUUGAGAUUACAAUUUACAAAGAUGAUGAAUGUGUAUUAGCCAGUAAUUCACACCGUGCUAAGUGGAAAGUGAUCAGUCCAACUGGCAAUGAAGCUAUGGUCCCGGCUGUGUGUUUUACUGUGCCACCACCCAAUAAAGAGGCUGUGGAGCUGGCAAACAGGAUUGAGCAGAUGUAUCAGGGUGUCUUGUCUCUGUGGCAUGAAUCUCAUGUCAACAUGAAGAGCACGGUGUCCUGGCACUACCUAAUGAAUGAAAUUGAAGCGAUCCGGGCAAGCAAGGUGUCCUCGAUUAAGACAUUGCUACCAGGAGAACAUCAGCAGGUUAUGGGUAACCUGAAAGCCCGAUUUGAUGAAUUUGUUGAAGAUAGUCAGGAAUCCAAGAUGUUCUCUUUGUCAGAAAUUGGCCAGCUUGAGAGAGAAGUCAAUGUCUGCAGAGUGUACUAUGAGGACCUUCUAAAAUCUGCAGAGAGAGAGGAGCAAGAAGAAUCAGUUUACAACCUGUAUUUAUCUGAGAUUCGGAACUUCCGUCUCCGACUUGAGAAUUGCGAAGAGAGGCUAAUCAGACAGAUCAGAACUCCAUUAGACAGAGACGACAUUCAUGAGAGUGUGAUAAGAAUUUCGGAACAAGAGAAACUUAAGAAGGAAAUAGAUCACCUUAAAGUAGAUUUGUCAUCAAUUUCUGAGAAAUGUGAAGAAUUCUUCAGUCAAGCUGCUGCCUCUCCAGCCUGUGAGACACUGCGAACAGAACUCAGUUUAGUUGUUCAGAGCAUGAACCAAAUCUACUCAAUGUCUUCCAUAUAUUUAGAAAAAUUAAAAACUAUAAAUCUGGUGCUAAAGAACACCCAAGGAGCAGAGUCCCUAGUGAAACUACAUGAGACAAACCUAUGUGAAGAGGAUGCCGUUACAGCUGACAAGAACACUAUAGAAAGAUUAGUGUCUACCUUAAAGCAAUGGCGCUCUGAUGUGGACCAGAAACGGGAGGUGUUCCAUGAGCUGGAGGAUGAACUGCAGAAAGCUAAGACCAUUAGUGACCAAAUGUUUAAAACACACAAAGAACGUGAUCUUGACUUUGAUUGGCACAAAGAGAAGGCUGAUCAGAUUGCAGAGAGGUGGCAGAAUGUGCAUUCACAGAUAGAAAACAGACUACGUGACUUGGCUGGAAUCGGCAAAUCUUUAAAAUACUACAAGGAGUCUUACCUGGCACUUGACUCCUGGAUUGGACAAGUAGAGGAAACCCAGACUAUGCUUCAGGCGAAUGUGCCUGAUAACAGCAAGGCACUGUCAACGCAGCUGGAUCAGCUGAAGUCUCUGAUUUCUGAGAUCGAAAUGAAGCAAAGCAAGAUGGAUGAGUGCCAGAAAUACUCUGAGCAAUAUUCCUCUGCCGUUAAGGACUACGAGUUACAGUUAAUGACAUACAGAGCAUUAGUGGACUCUCAUCAAAAGUCACCGAUGAAACGUAGAAGAAUUCAGAGCUCCUCAGAUGUAGUUGUGCAGGAGUACAUGGAUUUACGAACCCGAUACAAUGCUUUGAUGACCCUAAUUACUCAGUUUGUUAAAUUUUCUGGGGAUGCAUUAAAGAGAAUGGAGGAAGAGGAGAAGUCAAUGGAAGAGGAAAAGAAAGCGAAUGUAGAGAAAGCAGGGGAAAUUCUGAAUUGGGUGUCUAAAGUCUCUAAAACUUUGAGUCGAGAAGGAGGCCAAGAAAUUGCAGAAAAUACACCUGUUUCUAAGCCGCAGAUAUCCAGUGAUGAGAUACUGAACAAACAAGAGGAAAUUUCAGAUGCAUUGCAGACAUUGCAGUUGCUUUUAGCGAAACACAGUGACAGGAUGACAGAAGAAGAAAGAGCAGAAAUCGAGAGACAAGUACAAGCACUGCAAGAGAGCCAGUCUCUCUUAUCUAAAGAGUAUGAAAGACAGCAACAAGAAGCCAAAGACUUGGUAGAUAAGCUGGUGGAACAAAAGGUGGAUAAGAUUGUAUCUGGAACCAUCGAGGAGUCAACUGGGGCAGUUCAAUCCCUAUACCAGUCUAUUAUACAAGGUCUUAUUGAUUAUGAAACAGGGAUUCUCUUACUUGAGGUUCAACUGAUAGUAUCAGGGUUGGUGUCUCCAGAUUUAAAGAUGUGUUUCGAUAUAGAAGAAGCUAAGAAUCAUGCACUCAUUGACGAGCAAAUGACAGUGCGACUGUUGGAGUUAGCAGAUGCUAAAACAUGUAUUUCAUCUCUUUCUUCAGCUGAGUUUCCUAUCAUGGCUGCCUUGGAUCAAGAGUUAAUAACAGAACAUAUGGCAAUAAAAAUGAUUGACAUGCUGCUAUCCUGUGGAUGUCUCUGUGUCCCCUCCACAGGAGAACCACUUAACUUAAAUAAACUUCUCCAAAGAAACUUAAUUUCCACAUAUUUAUUUUCUAAGCUUAUAGAAAAGCAAAAAGUAUGCAAGGAUCUCAUUGACCCUAUCACUGCAGAAAAGUUAACCUUAGUAGAACUUUUACAAAGAACUGUAGUAGAUAAACUAACAGGUAUGAGGUUUUUACCAGUUAAUGCCCAAGAAAAGGGCAAAAUUGUAUUAAAAUCUGGUAGGAGGAUAAAUAUUUUGAGAGCAGCUCAUGAAGGUGUUUUAGAACGGGAAGUCAUGUUUAGAUUGCUAGGUGCUCAGAUAUUUUCAGGGGGAAUUAUUGACCCAGACACUGGGCAUAGAUUGACUCUUGAGGAAUCCCUAGAUCAAGGAAUCGUUGAUCAGGCUACAGUAUGUGGAAUAUUAACUCAACAGGUUAAGAAUGGUGGAAUACUUUGCCCAUCCACAGGCAAAUAUUUAACUGUGGAUGAAGCUGUUCAGUGCAACUUAAUAUCCUAUAGUAGUGCAUUGUUAGUCCUCGAAGCACAAAGAGGGUUCAUUGGACUGAUAUGGCCAGAUACUAGUGAAAUAUUCCCAAUAUCAACAUCUUUGCAACAAGGGAUGAUUUCAGAUGAGUUAGCUCAAAAGAUUCUAAGCAACAGACAGAAAAUUGCUGGGCUCUAUAUUCCUGAAACUUCAGAGAUUCUAAGCUUAGAUUUAGCUGUUCAAAUGAGUGUAAUAGAAGAAAACACAGCCUCAAUCCUCAGAAAUGUACAAUUAAAUGAUACAAUGCCAAACAUAGAUCAGCUUGAACCAACAAACCAGCAAGCAUUAAAAUGGAUAUCUUCAUAUGAAGCCCACACUUCUUCAUUCAGUGACUUUAAUGAAAACAAAAGUUCGGAAUCAGAUGAAGGCCUAACACAUAACCCAGAACAUACAAAACAAUUAUUCAUUUCAUACCUCAUGAUAAAUAGCUACAUAGAUGCAAAUACAGGAGAAAGACUUCUGCUUUUUGAUGGGGAUCUAGAUGAAGCUGCUAAUAUGCUUCUUGAGUCUGAGGACAUAGUACGAACAACUUCUGCCAACGAUGCACAAAUUAACAAUGGCACUUCUUACUCCAGUUGCACUUCAGUAAAUCAGCCACUGGUGUCUGAAAUGGACUGCCAAUGCACUGGGCAUUCUUUGGAAACCCAAGAACAGAUAGGUGAAUUCAUAGAUAAUGUUUCAGUGGAAGGCAUCAACAAAACAAUCACUCCUGGAACUAAAGAUAACGUGGUUGGUAAAGAAACAGAGCAAUCAAAUGAUGAACGAGACCAAUUAGCAAGCAGUGAUGUUUCUCACCAUGAAUGUCCCAAACCACAUAUAGAACUGGAUUUUGAACAAACAGAGAGCUUGGUUUCUUCUGAUGAAAAAAAAGAACAAGCUGAGCAAUUUAAAGCAGAAGAUUCUCACAAUGCGGAAAACAGGCAAACAGACAUGACGACAUGUAAAUUAUUUGACAAUGACUCUGGUGUAACAUCUGAAAAGCAUGACUCGGAAACGUUUUUUGAAACUAUCAGAGUUAUUGAUAAUGAUGAAAAUAAAUCUGAUAUCCAAUGCAGUUCUGAAGAUAAUAUGCAUAAUACAAAUAAUGUAACAGAUCAAAAUUCUCCAGAAGGAGCUGUUGAAAGAACAGAACAUAAUUUAGCCUUUGGAGAUCAGCUGGCAGGUGCAGUCAGUGUUUUGUUUAAUAGUUCUGAAUAUGAUGAAGUGCAACAUGUAUUACACCACGAUAAUACUGAGAAUCCUGAAGAUUUAGCAAAACAUUAUUCUGAAAAACAACAAUAUGAUGAUAGCAGUAGUGAUAGUUGCAGUACACCCUCUAACUUGCAGCUUGCUCCCAUGAAACAUUAUGGCAGUGGAUUGCUUUACAGUGAUUCAGACAAUCAGAAUAGUGAUCUUCCCCAGUUCACAUUUGAUACUGAUAGUGACUAUAGGGGCUCCCCUCUUGAAUUCGGAGAAAAUAACUCUGAUGAUGUUCAGAGUAGCAGUGAAUAUGACAUGUCUGAUGACAGUGACAAUGAUGUUUUUGGAACUUGUCAACCUGCCAAUAUACAGGGAAAUAUGCAAGCAGUUAGAGACAUGACGGCUGAAGACUUAGCUCAUACGAGCUCUGAAGAAGAUACCUUUAACAAUGAAAGUGACACUGAAAACCUGGAUAUACUACAUGCAAGGCAGUUUUUGGAAACCAUUAUCGAGGAGGACUCUGAAAACAACAGUUAUGCAGAAGACCAGGGUUCACUGUUUAAUGAAGACACACAUAACUUGGAAGAUGCAUCUGUUUCAGGGGCAUUUGAAGUUGACAACAAUGAUCUUCAGUUAGCCAGUAACACAGCAUUUGAAGAGGAAAUUAAUGAUGAGUUUAUCGAAAGUUGUUUUUCUGAAACGGAUAUUGAGUGUUUUGUUACCGAUGAAACCAAUAGUGAAGAUGAGAAUUAUAUGGAUAAAGUGUACAUAAACAAAGAAAGGGAAGAUGAUUAUGAUGAGGAGCUGUCACAUAACGUUGUAAGUGAUAAAGCAAAUGACAAUGACGUCACUUCGUCAACUCUAGGUGAUUAUCUAAACAACAGCAGUGACACACAUUCCAAUGGGACAUGCAUGAACCAUUCAGAAAUCAUAAACCAUUAUCCAUCGAAUCUAAACAAUUUAUCUAUGGAAAUGGAACAUGCAGAACCUUAUUCUCAGGUUGUAGAAAUUGAAGAGAACAGUAAUGCCAGUAGUCUGGAAAGUGUAGAUAAUAUUCAGUUCAGUAAUGGAGGAGAAUCAAGUGAGAAUACUAAAAGUGAUACUCAAAGCCAUGAAUCAAAUAGAGCCAUUCAAACUGAAAGUAGUUCCAACAUUGUGCAUUCCAAGAGUCCAUAUGCAAUUUCAGAGCAUCUUCUGCCCAGCACACAGGAUACAUUGAGUAAGCUUCAUAAAACAGACAACUCUGAGAAAACCAUUCAAGCAUUUGAUACUAACUUAACAAAUGGCAAUACAUUUGAACAAAUAGCUGAUGGCAAUUCAAAUUGUCUAAAUUUGCUAGAUAGGAAAGAAGCCAAAGACACUGUUUGUAAGCCUGCUGACCAAAGGUGUUCUGAAAUCAAAAAUUCAGAUCUCAAACUUUCAGAUAAUGAGUCACUUAAAGAAGCUAAGGAAACAGAAAAAUGCAAAAUUAUGGAAAAUUUGAUAGAUGCUAAAAAAACCUGUGAUGUGGUAGAGUGUUUUUCUCAAAGUUCAACCAAAAGCCCUAUUUGCAUAGAAAACCUCAGUGCAAUUUUUGAUUCAACCAGCAAUAAGCAUCCUGACAAUGAUUCAGAGUUAAAUGCUGCCAAUGAUGUGUCUGGAUUGGUGUCAAUAGGGAAGAAAUUAGAUUCAAGGCCUGAAGGUACUAAUAACGUUGGGGAUAUAGCAAGUUACCUAAAGGGAUAUGCUGAAGUCUUCCAAACAGAGCAGCGUUUACCUGAUUAUCCUGUAAAAGAAAAAGAUUGUGAUUCAGUUGAGAAUACUUCCAUUCUUUCUGAUUCUGGAUUUUUUAAAAAUAAAACAUUGUCCAAAGAGCACAGACUUCUCAGUACAGAUCAGUCACAUAUGGAAAAUACAACUGAUUCCCAGUUAGUUACUACAUUUAAAGAUGUUAGACAGCAAACUUUAAGAGAUGGGAAAGAUUGCAUUGAUAACAGUAUGGAGGACAAAAGCAAAGAAUUCAAUGCAGAUUUUAAUCUGCAGGAUCCCAAAUCUCUAGAUGAUCAGUUACCAGCUCACAGGACCAAUGCUGAAAAUCAAUUAAAGUUGGGUAUAGUAGAUAUUGAUGGGAGAUAUGCACAGAAGUGUGAGACAUUUGCAAACACUAUAUCGAAAGAAGUACAUGUUUCAUACAUAAAUAAAAAUGUAUAUUGUGAGAAGGACAACGCACUUACCAAGGCCAAAUCUAUACCAACAUGUGAAGUUUUACAAGGCUAUAACAAUUCUGAUUUAUCCUUGAAAUGUGAUAUGCCUUAUGAUGCUAGGAAAGACCCUGUUGAUCCAAACAACAAAGAGCAAAAAGCAGAUACCAACUACAGUUUUUUUGGAGAACAGAAACCUGUAGUACCAAAUAGCCCACUGCUAGUCCAUUCGCAGCUUGAGCAUAUAUUUCAUAUUCCACCAGAUUCUGAAAACUCAAACAAAUUUGAAGAACUCAUGAUCAACCUAAACAAAGGUAUUUUCCCUAGUGAAAUGAUGAGUUACAAAUCAAACAGUCUGAAAACAGAGACAGAUGGACCAGUGACUGAUAAAAUAUUUCAAGGCAAUGCAUCUUUUCAUGCAAACCCAGAAUCUCAACAUACAACAGUUGAUGAUGUUGAUGGACAUGAAACAAAAACUGACCUGAAAUCUAAGAUCGAUGAACCUGAAUUUCCAAAUGGGCCAAAAUAUAACCAGAGCAAGCUGCCAGAAGUUGAAGAAACAAGAGCACGCCAGCCAACACAUGUGGCACCUGUUACAAUAAAUGAUUGCAUUAAGAAGUUGAGUGACCACCUGUUAGUGGUUCAAGAUAUGAAAUUCCAGCUGGAGAAACUGUUGCCCAUUAGUGACAACUUGGAAACGUUAAGAAUGCAAGUUGAGCAGGUUGAGUCAUUCGAGGGAAAACUGACCACAUUAAACGUGUCACUGAAAGAAGAUCAUAAGGAUGCACAGGACAUCUUAACAACUGUCCCAGAGAAUCAUCUGAGUCAACAUCUUCAAGAAUUAAAUGAACGCUUGAGUAAAGAUUUUGCUGUAAUUUGUGACAUGUCUUCCAGUUGUACAAAACAAAUUGCUUCAGCCAUAGAUUCUGAAAUGUGUAAGCUAGCAGAGGUGCAUCAGAACUACAUUGGCCAACUACAUUUACUAUCCGAUUGGAUCUCAGAGAACAAGGACAGUAUGUGUCUUACAACAGGCAGUAACAAUGUGGAAGUCGUGAAGCACAACUUGCAGUGUCUUAAGGAUAAAGGCAGCCAACUAUCUAAACAGAGGAUUGAGCUGGAGACAACAGCAUUUGAUAUCCAAUUCUUCAUAUCGGAGCAUGCCCAAGAUCUUUCUCCUAAUCAAAGCAAACAGCUUCUGAGGUUACUAAAUACAACACAAAAGAGUUUUUAUGAUGCCCAGAGGAAGAUAACGUCACACAUUGAAACUUUGAAGAGUAAUUUAUUGGAAGCACAAGACUUGAGUAACCAGAAGGAUGCAGAAGUGCAAUUGCAAGAGCACAAGGAGAAGUUGGAAGAGAUGUGUGCCCUCCUUACUCAGACAGAGAACCGCCUGAUUGGAAAGCAAGAUACAUUUUCUGUGCGCGAGAGCCCGACUGAACUGCAGCACUAUCAGACGGAAUACGAGGAACUUCAGAAAGACAUGCAAGCAGGUGCCAGCGAAUUGGCUGAGAUUGUAAAGAACACAGAAAAGUUCCUGCGUGAACAUGGAGACAACCUUUCUAAAGAAGACAGAGCCCUAGUCGAACAGAAGCUGAAAGAGACCAAAGCCAGAUUCGAAACUCUCCGGAAGAAAGCAGAAGAAUCCAAAAAGGAGUUGGAAAAGGCAGUUACAACAGCCAUUAAAAAAGAAACAGAAAAGUCUGCUGCCGUGGAGCAAUUAGAAGAAAGCAAAACUAAAAUAGAGAGUCUGUUGGAUUGGUUGUCACAUGUGGACAAAGACGCAGCAGACAAUGGCAACAGUGUGAAAAUGGCAACAACCCAGCACAAUGGAGUACAUCACAAAGACAGCGGUUUGCUAAGUCAAAUGGAGGAGGUUAAUGGUAACCUUAUAGAAUCAGAUGGCAAGGAUAAAAUUAUCAGUGCACAGGAACAAGAUAAGGGAGAGGACCUGAACAGCCAGUAUCAAAAACUGAAGGCUCAACAUGAUAAAAUUGUAUCUCAACAUCAAGCGGUCAUAAUAGCCACACAAUCAGCUCAAGCCUUGCUUGAGAAACAGGGUCGACAUCUUGCUCCGGAAGAGAAGGAAAAAUUGCAAAAGGACAUUGAAGAAUUAAAAUCGCAGUAUGAGACAACUCUCUAUGACUCUGAACAAAAAAUGAAGGUUAUAAAAACUGUGCAAGAGGAACUAGAAAAAUUCACAACGGAUUACAAUGAAUUUGAGAACUGGCUUCAUGAGUCUAAAGGGGAACUAGAGAAUCUGGAAUCUGGGGCUGCAGAUUUCACUGGUAUCAUGGAAAAACUCCAGAGACAAAAAAACUUUUCUGAAGAUGUUAUUUCCCAUAAGGGGGAUUUGCGUUACAUUACCAUAUCCGGACAAAGGGUUCUAGAUGCUGCAAAGUCUUGCAAUAAAGAUGAUGUCACGGAAAACAACAACAACAUUAACACUCUAGAAACAUGCAAAAUUGUCCAGAAAAAAUUGGACUCUGCCGCCGAGAACUUUAAGUCCUUACAGGACAAGUGCAAUGUCCUUGGGAAUAAUCUGAAGGAUUUAGUAGACAAAUAUGACCAUUAUAAACAGUCUUCCUCAGAGCUCCUAGCAGGGUUACAAACAUCAGAAAGGGCUGUCACCAAGCGCCUGUCAGAGCCAAUUGCUGCGGACACCAGGAAUCUGCAAAGGCAGCUGGAAGAGACAAAGGUACUUUGUGAACAAGUAUCCUCCCAGCAGACUGGUGUAGAGAAACUGAAGAAGGCAGCAGAUGUCAUUCUUGAUACCAGAGGAGGUCUCUUAAUGAAUAAAGAUGAAAUACAAAAGCCACUUGAUGAGAUCGUGGGAAGGUACAAUACGUUGUCAGAGUCAUUGAAUGAGUGGAAUGGGAAGAUCCAGGUGACCCUGACUCGCUCACUUAGUGUUCAGGACGGUUUAAAUGAAAUGCUGAACUGGAUGGAAGGAGUUGAAAAUGAUUUGGAAAAGCAGCAGAAAGUGCCUCUUAAUUCAUCUGCUAUUCAGGACAUCAUUUCUAAAAAUAAUAUGUUAGAACAGGACAUCUCAAACCGUCAGAGCAGCAUCAACACAAUGAAUGAAAAAGUGAAUACAUUCAUGGAAACAGCAGAUAAGUCUACAGCAUCCUCCUUACAAGCAAAAAUGAGCAAGCUGUCUCAGCGCUUCUCUAAAGCUGGAGAGAAUACCAAAGAGCGCAUUGAGUUAAUGAAAGGACUGAAGACUAAAGUGGAAGCAUAUGAAAAUCUUUCUGAAAAGGUGCAAUCUUUCCUAGACAAGAAGGUCCAAGAUUUAAAGGACACAGAUGGUCCUGGCAAGGAUGUGGCAGAACUUUCUCAGUUAAUGCAGGAAACAAGCACAGAAUUAACAGAGCAGAAGCAAAGUUUGGAACAAUUACAGAAAAUUGUUGAUGAAUUAUGUGUGCAUGGCCUACCUGGAGACAAGGCACUGGCUUUGGAGAAAGUAAACUCCAUGUUGAGAAAGUUUAAAGAUCUUGAAGAAACUAUUAAGGCAAAGGAAGAGGAUGUAUCUUCAUGCCAGAAUCAGAUGGAUACAUUUAAGGCGUUAGUGCAGACUUUGAAACGGUGGUUCUUGUCAGUCAACGAAAGAAUCCCCCCAACCCCAUCAAGUCUGUGUGCAGAAAAAUUAUCAAAACAUCUGACUGAGACUAAGAAUUUAUUAUCCGAGUGGACACAGAAAGCAUCUGAUGUACAGAAAGUGAAUAGCAAGGGGAACGUAUUGUGUAAUUUUAUAACAGCUGUGACCUCACCUGCCAAAACCAGACACUCCGUAAAGUCAGGUAGGAAUGCAGUGAACGGGAACGUGUCUUCAGAUGUCAAGGACCAUUUAACAAAUAAAGAACUGGCAAUAGUUCAGAAAGAUAUGUCUGACGUAAGUGAAGGCUAUGGAAAUUUGGGAGCUUUGCUAAAAAAGACAGUAAGUGACCUGGAAGCUCGGUUUUCUGAAUUGAAUCAGGUUCAAGCAGAGAGCAAAGACGUAAUGACAUGGCUUCAGAAAAUGCAGGCGACAGCCUCCACUUGGGAAGCUCCCACUGACAGCGAGGCAGUUCGAACCCAAAUGGAAGAACAUAAGGUAUUUGCGUCGGAAGUACAGCAGAAUGGAAAUAAAGUGGACAUGCUAAUACACAAAUUGAAGGAAUUGCUAAAUGCUAAUCCAGAAGCACCAGAAUCUCCUAAAUGGAAGGAAACACUGGAUAAAAUAGAUUCCUCAUGGAGAGAUAUCAGCCGUCUGACAGUUGAAAGACAGCAAGCAUUAGAAGAGUCUUCAAAUGACCUCACCGUCUUCCAAACAGCAGAAGCCCAGCUCAAACAAUGGCUUACAGAGAAGGAACUCAUGGCCAGUGUUCUAGGACCAUUAUCAAUUGAUCCCAAUAUGUUAAAGACUCAAAAACAACAAGUUCAGAUUCUCUUGAAAGAAUUUGAUGCUCGAAAUCAGCAAUAUGAACAACUGAACACAGCUGGAAAAAAGAUACUCAGCAGACCUGGGGACCUUCCACCAUGUGAUGAAUCUGUCAAAGACCAGUUGGCAGCUGUGGCGUGUAAAUGGGAGGAUCUAUCAGGACAAUUGAAUGACAGAUGCAACCGUAUCGACAAAGCUAUUGUUAAAAGCACUCAGUAUCAAGACCUUCUGAAAGGCCUGUCCGAGAAAUUUAGUGUCUUGAACAACAGGCUAAACAGUAGUAUGACAGCUAGCUCUCAUCCCAGUGCUGUGAAACAGAACCUCUCCACAGCGAGGGAGGUGCAAGAAGAUAUUAAGCAAGAAAUUAAGAAUAUUGAAAAUGUCAAAGUACUUUGUGAUGAGCUGUCAGACUUAGUUUCAGAGGAAUACUUGAAAGCUGAAUUAAAUAGGCAAAUGGAAACAACUGUGAAGCCAUUCGUGGAUUUGGAGCAAAAAGCAGGUUUCCAUGUUGACCAACUGCAAUCAGCAUUUGCCAGUUCUCAAAAAUUUCAUCAGAUAUCAGAAAAUGUCCAGUCUUGGAUUACAAACAAGAAAAAAGAGCUUAAUGAAGCAGCACCUAUUUCUGCCAAGCUGGAUACAUUGAAGUCAUUAAUUACAGAGCAGGCAGUAUUUCGAGAAGAUCUGGACAGCCAGCGUAAGGACUAUGACAAUGUCCUAACAGAGGGAGAGAAUCUCUUACAGAAAACCAAGGGAGAAGAAAAAUCUCAACUCCAGGCCCAGCUUUGUUUGCUCAGGUCAAAUUGGGAAGACCUCAACAAGCAGGUUUUGGUAAGGGAACAAAGUUUAAAUGAUUGUCAACAGAAAGCUAUGAAGUAUAAAGAACUAGUAGAAAACAUACAGCCAUGGAUAGAGGAGCAUCAACAUAAACUGUCAGAGGUCAAGUUAUCCAUAGAUACAACUGAAAUAGAGAAUUCUAUUGGACAAAUAAAAAUUCUUCAAAAGAACACAGAUAAACAACGUGGAAUGGUGGAGAUGUUAAACAGUGCUGCUGAACAUUUAUUAAGUUCCUGUCAAACUGAUAAGGAAAUAAUUUAUGAUGAAAAAGACAGACUAAAUAAACAGGUAGACUUACUUGUUGACAAUUUGCAUAGUAAGAGGGAUUCAUUAGAGAUUUUAUCACAACGCCUCAGACAAUAUCAAGAAUCCAUCAAAGACACAGAAAGACAGCUCACUGUGGCCCAAGAACAUUUGGAAGUGCACAGUUCACUUGGUGCACAGGCAUACAGUAACAAACAACUUACUAUAAUGCAGAACCAACAAAGGGCACUCCAGGGUCUUAAGCCACAAGUAGACCUUGCUAAGAAACUGACUCAAGAAAUUGUUGUUGAUGCCUCUGAUGCCGAAGGAGUUUGUGAUCUACUUAUGGAAGCCGAAUCUCUUAAGCAAAAACAUAGCUCCAUCAGUCAAGAGGUGGACCAAAAAUGUUCAUUUUUAGAAACCAAGCUACAAGGCAUUGGACAUUUUCAAAACAGUAUUCGAGAGAUGUUCUCCCAGUUUGCUGAGCUGGAUGAUGAACUUGACAGCAUGCUCCCCAUUGGAAGAGACCAGGUUACACUACAAUCUCAAAAACAGGAAAUUAAUACCUUCUUAAAAAAACUGGGAGAUCUUAUAAUCAAUAAUGAGAACUCUAACAAGACCUGUAAGAUGAUGCUGGCAACAGAGUCUUCUCCAGAUCUUAUUGGCAUCAAAAGAGACCUGGAAGCAUUAAAUAAACAAUGUAAUAAACUGUUAGACAGGGCAAAGUCCAGAGAUGAACAAAUUGAGGGCACCAUCACAAGAACGGAAGAGUUUUAUAGUACAUUGAAGCAAUUUACUGACGUGCUGAAGGAAGUAGAAGAACACGAAGAAUCCCAAGGUGCUGUGGGAAUGGAAACUGAUGUGAUUAAUCAACAACAAAACAUUUUUACGGUUUUCCAAAAAGAGGAAAUUGAACCAUUGCAAGCGUGUCUACAAGAAGUUAACUGGUUAGGUCAAGGACUCAUUCAAAGUGCUGCAAAAAACACUAGCGCAGAAGGCCUAGAACGUGAUUUGGAAGAAGUAAACUCUAGAUGGAACACCCUAAACAAGAAGGUUGCACAGCGAGCAGCUCAGCUGCAGGAAGCUCUAAUGCAUUGUGGAAGGUUCCAAGAUGCUCUGGAGUCGUUGCUCAACUGGCUUACAGACACAGAGGAGCUGGUGGCAAACCAGAAAUCUCCCUCAGCAGAGUUCAAAGUCGUAAAGGCUCAAAUUCAAGAACAAAAGCUUCUUCAGAGAUUACUUGAUGAUCGUAAACCUACUGUUGAUGUCAUCAAGAGAGAACGAGAGAAAAUAGCAGGCUCUGCUGACCAGGCAGAUAAGGAGAAGAUAUUGAAACAGCUAAGUGCCUUGGAGCAUAGGUGGGAUGAGCUACUGAAGAAAGCUGAGAUAAGGAAACGCCAGCUGGAUGGAAUCUUAGUAGUUGCGGAACAAUUUCAUGACACCUUGGAACCCUUGUCUGAAUGGCUCAACAUCACUGAAAAAAAGCUGGCAAACUCUGAGCCUAUCGGUACACAAACAUCCAAACUGCUACAGCAAAUUGCCCAGCAGAAAGUCUUGCAAGAAAACAUCACGAGUCAUAAUAAAAUUUUGCACCAAACUCUGAGCAUUGGGCAGUCCUUAAAGGCCUUGAGUUCCAGGGAUGAUAAGGAGAUGGUUCAGGAGAAAUUAGACACUUGCCAGGCGAGAUACUUAGAGAUCCAGGAGAAGAGUAACAGGAGAUGUGAGCUCCUGCAGCAGGCGCACUGCAAUGCUCAGAUAUUCGGAGAUGAUGAAGUUGAAUUGAUGAAUUGGCUUAACGAAGCACAUGACAAGCUGAGCAAACUCUCAGUCCAAGAUUAUAGUCCUGGUGUGCUCACAAGGCAACACACUGAGCUGCUGCUCCUUCAGGAAGACAUCAUGCUUCGAAAGCAAAAUGUGGCUCAAGCAAUACAAAAUGGGUUGGAACUCCUAAAACAAACCACCGGUGACGAGGUCGUAAUCAUUCAAGAAAAGUUAGAUGGCAUUAAAUCAAGAUAUUCAGAAAUCACAAAGCUAAGUGCAGAAGUGUCCAAAGUCCUGGAACAGGCGCUAAAUCUUGCAACUCAGUUCCAUUCAGCACACGAGCUGCUUGGCAAGUGGCUGGACAAGGUGGAGGUAGAAUUGAAGAAAUAUGAAUUAGAGGACAAUACAUCAGAGGAGCUGACCAGCAUUCAAGAAAGAAAAAAAGAGUUGAAUCAGGAAGCAAAAGUAAACAAGGCCCUUUUGGACUCCUUAAAUGAAGUCAGUAGUGCUUUGCUGGAACUUGUGCCAUGGAGGGUGAGAGGAGGACUUGACCGGAUGGUGACAGAGGAUAAUGAACGAUACAGAUUAGUAAAUAACAACCUUACACAGAUGGUAGAGGAGAUAGAUGCUGCCAGACUGAGAUCUCAGCAGUUUGAGCACGCAGUCAGCGCGGAGCGAACAUGGAUUGAGGAAAUGGAAAAUAAAAUAAUAGCUGCAGGUCAUAUUAGACUUGAGCAAGACCAGGCUGCAGCUCAACUUCAAGUUCAAAAGGGAUUUGCAAUGGAAAUUUUAAGACACAAAGACACAAUUGAUGAACUGGUUGCUUCAGGAGAUGAAAUUAUGAAUGCAUUAAAUGAAGAGGAAAAGCAAAGCAUGAAGAACAAACUCACUAGUCUGGAGAAGAAGUAUGACAAUAUAUGUCAUUUGAAUGCUGAAAGGAAUCUUCAGCUGGAAAGAGCAGUGUCCUUAGUUAACCAGUUUUGGGAGACCUACGAAGAACUGUGGCCCUGGCUAAUGGAAACUGAAGCUGUCAUCUCUCAGCUUCCACCUCCAGCAUUGGAUUAUGACACUCUGAAACAACAGCAAGAAGACAUCCGGCAACUCCGUGAGCUGAUAGCCGAACACAAACCUCAUAUAGACAAAAUGAAUAAAACUGGUCCUCAGCUUCUGGAACUCAGCCCUGACGAAGGAUUUUUCAUCCAGGAGAAAUAUGUGUCAGCAGACACCCUUUACUGUGACAUCAAGGAGGUUAUCAAGAAACGAGCUGUCAUGUUAGAUGAAGCUAUCUCUCAGUCUGCACAGUUCCAUGACAAGAUAGACCCUACACUUGAAAGCUUACAGCGCAUUGCAGAACGCUUGAGGCAUCCACCUUCCAUCUCUGCUGAGUGUGAGAAGAUUCGAGAACAGAUAAGCGAUAAUAAGAACAUAUCUGUAGAACUUCAAAAGUUACAGCCUGUCUACGAAACCCUUAAGCUGAGAGGAGAGGAAAUGAUUGCUCGCUCAGAAGGUGCUGAUAAGGAUAUCUCAGCCAAAGCUGUCCAAGAUAAGCUUGACCAAAUGGUAUUCAUCUGGGAGGACAUCCAGGCUUUGACAGAAGAAAGAGAGGCCCAAUUGCUGGAUGUUCUGGAGUUGGCAGAAAAGUUCUGGUGUGAUCACAUUGCUUUGAUAGCCACAAUUAAAGAUACUCAGGAUUUUAUUAGGGAACUUGACGAACCUGGAGUUGAUCCAUCUGUAGUCAAACAGCAACAAGAGGCUGCAGAGGUGAUAAAGGAAGAAAUUGAUGGGCUGCAGGAAGAACUGGAUGUGGUUAAUAACCUUGGAUCUGAGCUGAUAUCAGCAUGCGGAGAACCCGACAAACCAGUAGUGAAUAAAAACAUAGAUGAGCUAAAUUCUGCCUGGGACACCCUUAAUAAAACAUGGAAGGAACGCGUACACAAACUUGAGGAAGCCAUGCAAGCUGCAGUCCAGUACCAAGAUGGUCUUCAGGCUCUUUUUGACUGGGUGGAUAUUGCUACAGGAAAAAUAGAGACAAUGUCACCAGUUGGGACAGACUUGGAAACAGUGAAGCAGCAAAUUGUGGAGUUAAAGCAAUUCAGGGCUGAUGCAUAUCAACAGCAAAUAGAACUGGAGAGGUUAAAUCAUCAGAAAGAGCUGUUAUUGAAGAAGGUGACAGAUGUGAAUGAUAGACAGGCAGUGGAAGACUCCUUAAAUGAGCUGAAACUCAUAUGGAAAGCUGUGGAGAGUAAAAUCAUCAACAGACAGCACAAACUGGAAGGUGCACUUUUGGCCCUUGGACCAUUUCAGCAUGCUUUAGACGAGUUACUGACAUGGAUGACUCACACAGAAGAUCUGCUCAGUGAACAGAAGCCCAUUGGGGGUGAUCCAAAGACUAUUGAGAUUGAACUUGCCAAACAUCACGUGCUUCAAAACGACAUCUUGGCGCACAAGUCUAGCGUUGAAACAGUAAAAAAUGCAGGGAAUGAUCUCAUUCAAUCCAGCGCUGGAGAAGAAGCCAGCAAUCUGCAGGCCAAGCUAGAGGCCCUUACUCAACGGUACCAAAAUGUCCUGGAUAAAACUGAACAAAGGAGAAAACUGCUGGAUAAUGCACUUUUCCAGGCUCAAGGUUUCCACAGUGAAAUUGAAGAAAUGCAUCAGUGGCUGACAGACACCGAACGUCAUUUACUGGCUUCCAAACCCGUUGGAGGAUUACCAGAAACUGCCAGAGAACAGCUUAACAGUCAUCUGGAUUUGUGUGCAGCGUUUGAAGCUAAAGAAGUUGUAUACAAGAGUCUGAUGCUUAAAAGUCAACAGAUACAGGAAAGAUGCAUUGAUGAGGGUCCAGAAGCAAAUGUAGAUCAAGACAUUUCUAACCUAAAAGAGAAAUGGGAGUCAGUGGAGUCAAAGCUCAGUGAGAGAAAGGCAAAACUAGAAGAAGCUCUUAGUUUGGCAACUGGAUUUCACAAUUCUCUUCAAGACUUUAUUAACUGGCUUACUCAAGCUGAACAGACACUAACGAUGGCCUCACCACCAAGUCUUAUAUUGGAUACUGUACUGUUCCAAAUUGACGAACACAAGGUGUUUGUAACAGAAGUGAAUGCACACAAAGAUCAAAUUAUGGAGCUGGACAAAACUGGAACACACCUGAAAUAUUUCAGCCAAAAGCAGGAUGUUGUAUUGAUUAAAAAUUUGCUGAUCAGUGUACAAAGCCGAUGGGAAAAUGUGGUACAGCGUUCAUUGGAACGAGGACGUGCGUUGGAUGAUGCACGCAAAAGAUCAAAGCAGUUUCAUGAAGCUUUCACAAAAUUUAUGGAAUGGCUGGAAGAAUCCGAGGUGUCUUUGGACUCAGAACUUGAAAUUGCCAACGACCCAGAUAAAAUAAAGACACAGUUAUCAAUGCAUAAAGAAUUCCAAAAAACCCUGGGAGCCAAACAUUCGGUAUAUGAUACUAUCGCGCGAAGCGGACGGUCCCUGAAAGAAAAGGCAUCACUGACCGAUGACAUACAGAAACUAGAUGAUAUGCUCAGUGAGAUAAGAGACAAAUGGGAUACUGUAUGUGGCAAAUCUGUGGAAAGGCAAAACAAACUAGAGGAAGCAUUGUUAUUUUCAGGGCAAUUCACGGAUGCUCUUCAGGCUCUUAUUGACUGGCUGUACAGAGUAGAACCUCAGAUGGCUGAAGACCAACCUGUACAUGGAGACAUUGAUCUCGUGAUGAAUCUCAUAGACAACCACAAGGUCUUUCAAAGGGAGUUGGGUAAGAGGAGCAGCAGUAUCCAGGCCUUAAAGCGCUCUGCCAGAGAACUCAUUGAAGGAAGCUGCGAUGACUCUUCAUGGGUAAAAGCCCAAAUGCAAGAGUUAAGCACUCGGUGGGAAUCCGUGUGCUCCUUGUCUGUGUCCAAACAGAUCCGGCUGGAAGAAGCUCUGCAUCAAGCAGAGGAAUUCCACUCGGCGGUGCACGUUCUUCUUGAGUGGUUGGCUGAAGCAGAGCAAGCUUUGAGAUUCCACGGACUCCUCCCUGACGAUGAGGUCUCCUUGAGAUCACUUAUUGAACAGCAUAAGGAAUUUAUGAGAAAAGUGGAAGAAAAAAGAUCGGAGUUGAAUAAAGGUGCAAGUAUGGGGGAGGCAAUACUAUCAGUUUGUCACCCUGACUCUAUUGCUACAAUCAAACAUUGGAUAACUAUCAUUAGAGCCAGAUUUGAAGAGGUUCUAACAUGGGCAAAGCAGCAUCAACAGAGGCUGGCGGUAGCUUUGGAAGAUUUAGUUUCCAAGAAGGAGCUGCUUGAGUCUUUGCUGGCAUGGUUACAGUGGGCAGAGACAACGCUCAAUGAAAAAGACAAGGAAGACAUUCCGGAGGAGAUCGAUGAGGUUAAAGCUUUGAUUGCAGAACAUCAGACAUUUAUGGAAGAAAUGACUAGAAAACAGCCAGAUGUUGAUAAAGUUACAAAGACUUACAAGAGGAAGGCAGUGGAGUCUGCAUCCACUCAAUCUCAAAUCCCUGUGUUAGGGAGAGCAGGACGAAAACGGUCACCAACACCCAACUUGUAUCCAUCUGGAACACAGACUCAACUUGAAACCAAGAACCCAAGGGUUAAUUUACUUGUCAGCAAAUGGCAACAAGUGUGGCUUUUGGCAUUAGAAAGAAGAAGGAAUCUUAAUGAUGCCUUAGAUAGGUUGGAAGAGCUACGUGAGUUUGCCAACUUCGAUUUUGAUAUUUGGAGGAAGAAGUAUAUGAGAUGGAUGAACCAUAAGAAAUCUCGUGUUAUGGACUUCUUCAGGAGAAUAGACAAAGAUCAGGAUGGGAAAAUAACAAGGCAAGAAUUCAUAGAAGGAAUCUUGUCCUCAAAGUUUCCAACCAGUCGUCUGGAGAUGAGUGCUGUGGCCGAUAUCUUUGACCGUGAUGGUGAUGGAUAUAUUGACUAUUACGAGUUUGUGGCAGCUCUCCAUCCAAAUAAAGAUGCCUACAAGCCCAUAACUGAUGCUGAUAAAAUUGAAGAUGAGGUAACACGACAAGUGGCUAAAUGUAAAUGCGCCAAGAGAUUCCAAGUAGAACAAAUUGGAGACAACAAAUACAGGUUCUUCCUGGGAAAUCAGUUUGGGGACUCCCAACAACUUCGCCUUGUGCGUAUUUUAAGAAGCACUGUGAUGGUUCGAGUUGGUGGAGGGUGGAUGGCACUUGAUGAGUUCUUAGUAAAAAAUGACCCAUGUAGAGUUCAUCAUCAUGGAAGUAAAAUGUUACGUUCGGAAUCAAACUCUUCAAUUACUACUCAGCCUCUUAUAGCUAAAGGAAGGACAAAUAUGGAGCUUCGCGAAAAAUUCAUUUUACCUGAGGGUGUUAGUCAAAGUAUGACACCUUUCCGGCCAAAGGGUCGCAGGUCUCGGCCAUCUUCAAGAGGUGCAUCACCCAACAGGUCCAAUUCAAGUCCCAAUAUUCAGGCCAAUACUUCUCAAGCCACUGGAACCACCACACCCAAGACACCCCUCCACAUAACACGCAAUUAUGGUAAACCUUGGUUGACAAACAGCAAAACAUCAACUCCUUGUAAGAGUCCAGAGCCCCCAGAAUGCCAGCUCCUAUCAGCAGAGGGAACCCCUAUCCAGGGAAGUAAAUUAAGGCUUCCAGGUUAUCUGUCUGGGAAAGGGUUCCAUGCCACAGAAGACAGCAGCAUAUUAACCACCGCAGCUACGAAAGUUCGGACACAGUUUGCAGAUUUAAGAAGAACGCCAAGUCGAGCAGGAAGCAAGGCAGGAAGCAGAUCAAGCAGCCGAAGGGGCAGUGAUGCCUCUGACUUUGAUAUCUCAGAAAUCCAAUCAGUAUGCUCAGAGAUGUCUGAGACUGUCCAUGAGAGUGGUAGGCCCUCUCCACGAGCAAGUUCACGAUCUUCAACCGGCAGACCUUCCAAAAUUCCAACACCACAGCGGCGGUCACCCAUGAGUAAAUUAAAUAAGUCCACGAAAAGAUAGGGUGACGUUGUCCUAGGAGAUAAUUCAUUGUUCAUUGCCUAUUUAAGUUUGUAAGAUGUAAAAUAUUAUGUAGAAAUUUAUUGUGGAAUAAUGCAAGCGUUUGAUUUUAAUCCUGCAGAUGGCCUUAAAUGUGUCUUAGUCUUUUUUUUACACAUAUUUUUAUCAACAAUAUAUGUUUGUCCUAUAGUUUGAAAAUCAAUUAAGGGAGAUUAAAUUAUAAUAUUGUGUACAUCCGUUGGAGAUGUACAUACACUAAAACAGUCGUUGAAUGUAUUUAUAACUCUCUGCAACCUGGAAGCAAGUAUCGUAUGCCAAACACACUUCAUUAGUUAUAAAUUAUGAAUACCUCAUCACUAUUUAUAUUGCAGCAAAAGGUUCAAAUACAAAACAAGCUUAAAAAGAAUAAAACAAGUAAAAUAAAACCUGUGUUCACUUGAAUAUCAUUAUGCACACUGCGUUUUGAUAUGCAGUUUUAACCGGGUACUGGAUGGGGCUUUGCACCCCACUGGCACUCAGAUGGUUAGCUCUCUUGGUGCCGAACGAGAGAGCAAACUCACAGAACAGUAUUUAAUCACUUACCAGAAAUGCAAUUCUUGUGGCUUUUACUUUAACUUAUGGCUGUGAGAGUCUGUGUACUAGAACUCUUAAUGCUGUCAAGAUAAUUGCAUCAGGUGUAUAAGCGCGGUUUUCUUUUUUGCUUGAGUGGAUGGUUACAUUGUAUCAUCAAUCAACUUUUGUAUCAAAUCAAGUUUUGCUUGCCGAAAUGAAAUAAAACUCGUCAGUCUGGUUGCAAAAUUGA